AAAAAGAAAAAAGUAGGAAAAAAAAAGGCACCCCUAAAAAUUCCACAAAUUCUUCAUUUUGUUCUUCUCACAAAAUUAUAUAAAAAAAUGAGAAAAAACAACAUAAUUAUUUAUUCCCUAAUUUCUCCAAACUCAUUUUAAUUCCGAAAAUUCCCAUUUCUAUCCUCUGGGAAAAAAAAUAGGACAGAGACAGAGAAGAAGAGAGAGAAAGAGGAGAGAGAAAGAGAGGAAGGGUGGAGGAGAGAGAAAGAGAGAAAUCGAAAUCUGAUGUUCGAAUGUUGGGAAUCAAAAGCUGACAUUUUCAUAGAAAUCUUCUAAUUCUUUUUGCUGUAAUUUCGAAUUUUUCUUUUGAUCUUCUGAAAAAUCGAUCAAAAAUUAAAAUCGAACUCUUUCUGAAUGAAGUAGUGAUUCGGGGAAAUUAUUGCCCGCUGAUUUUGACCUAGGAGAGAGAAAGAGGAGGAGAGAGAAAAAAGAGUAGAGAGAAAUAGAGAUGAACGGCGGCGAUGGAGGCGGCGGAGGUGGUGGCGGAGAAGUUUCCGGCGCGGGCUCACCGCCAUCGCCGUUGGAGUGGAAAUUCUCUCAGGUUUUCGGUGAAAGGGCAGCCGGUGAAGAAGUUCAAGAAGUUGAUAUCAUUUCAGCUAUCGAGUUUGAUAAAACUGGAGACCAUCUAGCCACUGGUGAUCGUGGGGGCAGGGUGGUCUUAUUUGAAAGGACAGACGCAAAAGAUCAUGGUGUUAGUAGAAGGGAUCUGGAGAGGAUGGACAUUCCAAUUAGUAGGCAUCCCGAGUUCCGUUAUAAAACUGAGUUCCAGAGUCACGAGCCUGAGUUCGACUACCUAAAGAGUUUGGAAAUAGAGGAGAAAAUCAACAAAAUCAGAUGGUGCCAAACUGCUAACAGUGCACUGUUUCUUUUGUCUACCAAUGAUAAGACCAUUAAGUUUUGGAAGGUCCAAGAAAAGAAAGUCAAGAAGAUAACUGACAUGAAUAUGGAUCCUUCCAAAGCUGCAGGGAAUGGUUCUGUUGCUAGUUCAAGUGUUUCAAGCAGCUCCCAAUCAUAUCUUGUGAACGGAGGAUAUCCAGAUAAAAUGCCCAGUUCAUUGAAUAGUGACCUCUCAUUCCCUCCAGGAGGGAUCUCAUCUCUGCGUUUACCUGUGGUAGUCACCAGCCAUGAGACAAGCCUUGUUGCUAGAUGUCGACGAGUAUAUGCUCAUGCUCAUGACUAUCACAUUAAUUCUAUUUCAAAUAACAGUGAUGGAGAGACUUUUAUAUCAGCAGAUGAUUUGCGGAUAAAUCUUUGGAACUUGGAGAUCAGUAACCAGAGUUUCAAUAUUGUUGAUGUAAAACCCCAGAAUAUGGAGGAUCUGACUGAGGUUAUCACAUCAGCUGAGUUUCACCCUUCCCAUUGUAAUACAUUGGCUUAUAGUAGUUCAAAGGGAUCAAUCCGUCUUAUAGAUUUGCGACAAUCAGCAUUAUGUGAUAGUCAUGCAAAAUUGUUUGAGGAGCAGGAAGCACCCGGUUCAAGAUCCUUUUUCACAGAGAUAAUUGCCUCCAUUUCAGAUAUUAAAUUUGCAAAAGAUGGAAGAUAUAUACUUAGUCGUGACUACAUGACUCUUAAGUUAUGGGACAUCAAUAUGGAUUCAGGUCCUGUUGCAACAUAUCAGGUCCAUGAAUAUUUGAGACCAAAGCUGUGUGAUUUAUACGAAAAUGAUUCUAUCUUUGAUAAAUUUGAGUGUUGUCUGAGUGGUGACGGACUGCGAGUAGCAACUGGUUCUUACAGCAAUCUUUUCCGUGUGUUUGGUUGUGCUCCGGGGAGUACAGAGGCCACAACUUUGGAGGCUAGCAAAAACCCCAUGAGGAGACAAGUACAAACCCCGUCAAGACCCUCCAGAUCUUUGAGCAGCAUAACACGUGCUGUUAGACGAGGACCGGAGAGUCCAGGUGUUGAUUCAAAUGGAAAUUCUUUCGACUUCACCACAAAGUUGCUUCACCUAGCUUGGCACCCAUCAGAAAACUCAAUUGCUUGUGCCGCAGCAAACAGUUUGUACAUGUACUAUGCAUAAAGAUGGCUCAGGAGGAGGAUAUAUUGUUGCUUGGUUAACUUUUUUGGGGUUGAUAUCUGACAAAGGGCAGAAGGUCGUUUUCCCCUCGCGGCACCAACAGUAAAUUAAAUGUGGCCCGAUCGCCUUGUUUUGACUCCAAAAGUGCCUCUUAACCUGCAGCUGCUGUAACAGAAUUCGCCCAGGAAGCAAACUUGUCUUCAUUUUUUCAGGUCGCAGCUCUGAUUAUUUAUAACCGCCACCCACAAAUUCCUUUUUUGCUUAUUAUUUUUUAGCCUUGGCUGCUGCUAAAAGAAAAAGGUAGGUGCAGCUCUGUUCUUCACUAUGUGUUGGGAUGACGCUUUGGGGAAAAUUGUGUUUGUAGCUCUCCUACAACCAAAAAAACUAAAUGGAUGUUUAAUAUUGCCACUAGAAGUCUAAGAUGAAUGUAGCCUUUUCUUUUCUUUUUUCCCCCCUUUUUUGACCUCAAAAUGUUGGUGAGAAAGGAGCUGUUUUAAACAUUUAGUGAAUUGAUUUAUUUAUUUCUUUUAAGUAUGAUUAGUACAAUUUCUUCUUUUUUCUAUUUUUUUCCUUCUAUUUUUUUUUCGAUCUAUUUUUUUUCUUGGGGUACUAUGAUAAUACCUUUUUCUUAUAGCAUACUUUUGUUCUAACUCUGUUGUAAUAUUCAGAUAGUAAUUAUUUUCCCUAAGGAUCAAUUGUGCUUUUAUUCUCCA